AUUUUGCGUGAACUGUGAAAUGAAGCCAUUUAUUUAUCUCACCUCUCUCUCUCUCUCUCUCUCUCUCGAAUCCCUUAACAAUAAGGAAUUGAAUUGCAGUAUACCCAAAACUAAAAGGAACCAGCACAUCCACCAUAAAAGCGUCCCAGCCGUGAGAAUCACCAUUCCAUUGUUCCGAUCUCUAAGUUUAUUUAUUUGUUUUUUUCAAACUGAAUCUUAUCUCUCGGUAUUUCUUCUCUCAUGGCUGAAUCGGAAAACCCCCUCCUCAAUGAAUUCUGUGCUGCCGACGCUGGCGCCGCCGCGCAGUCCCGCCGGCUCCUCAUCCGCUUCAAGGGCCCCGGCCCCUGUCCUGUGCCGGACCCCAACGCCGGCCAAUGCUUGAAACAGAGCGUCAAUGUUUGUAAAAGCUUCAAUAGGAACAGAAUUGACGACAAUGGAAUUCAGGAAUCUAGUGAUGCUAAACAUGUUGCUAGAUCUGCAAAGAUACCCGAGUUCAGCACCAAUACUCUUAUGAGCUCUAAGCAUGACAAUGGUUCCAUGAAGCUUUUAUCUGGAUUUGUUGAGCAGAACCAAUUCAAGGCCAAUACUCUAUGCAGGUCGACGAGAGGCGAUACUGCUGCCAAAGCAAGGAAGAGAACCCGAUUGCCUCUUGGAUUGCCGACCUCGAGUAAGUUAAAAAGAUCAAAGAGAUCAUUAUCAGCAGAGAGAAGAACAUCAAUUGAUGAUCUACCCAACGUUAUAUUGGCUGAAAUCCUAUGCCGACUUGCAUGCAAUAAAUAUGUUUUCCAGUGCAAAACUGUGUCCAAGCGUUGGUGCACCCUCAUCGAAGAUCCUUAUUUUAUUGGCUGCUUUGUAAGAAUCCAAAGUUAUAAGGGAAUUCCAAAGAUACGCACUUUGAUAACCAAAAGAGCUGUGGAAUUCCGUCCUAUACAAACUUGGGCGCUCAAUAUGUUCAUGCGUUUCCACCGUUUGAUGGAAAAACCAGUUGUUGUAGCGACAUAUAAUGACUUAGUUUUGUGCUGCAUGACCGAGGAUUAUCAACACAUAUACUACAUCUGCAAUGCAUGCACCAUGCAGUAUGUUGUACUUCCACCCACCCCAAGUCGAUGUCACAAGAGUGUGUGGGUAGGAUUCAUCUGCAAUGUUCCUGACUAUAAAUGUGAGGAAGAUGAUUGGAAAGGAAACAACUUCCAGCAUAAUGUUGAGUGUAGGUACACGGUUGUGAGAAUUCUUCCUCCUGUUGAAUUUGAAAAUGGUGAGAAGAAAUGUGAUACAUUCAAAUUAAACGUGGAGAUCUUCUCUUCUGACACUGGGGAGUGGAGAGAAUCAGUUGUCUCGUCCCCACAGCACUUCAAUUUUGGCCGCCUCAAGGAGUUAUCCUUUACAUACAAUGGAAUGUUAUAUUGGUUAACAGAGCAGGACUUUAUUGUUAUUGGUUUGGGCCCAUUCUACGACAAUGAUGGAACUAGCAGCAGCAACAAUAAUGGUGAUGGUAUUAUUGAUCAUAAACUGGGUUUCACCAUAUUUGAGGAGACUCUAGACUUUGGUUUUAUGCUUCAGUACUCAGGUGUGUGCAGAGGAUAUGUGCUAUUGUGCAACAUGAGCAUGCUCUCCAGAAGUCUGUAUGUAUAUGAGUUGAAACAAUCACAAGAUGAUGGAGGAGCUGCUGCUGGCAAGAAGUUGUAUUUGAGUAAACGCAGAGUUUAUUCCUUUGAUGCUGAAAUGAUUCCGUUCAAAUCGAAUAUGUUACUGAUUGCUUUUGACCCAAGUAAUAAGGAUAUUUUUUAUCUGCGUGUGGACGAUGAUAUUAUCAAGUGGAAUGUUCACACAGGAAAGUGGUCAAAGAUAUCUAGACACUGGGUAAAACGUUGUGACUAUUACACAGUUGUGCUCCCAGGGUGGCCGACCUCAAUUCCUAGACUACCCCAGCAGCAGCAGCAGCAGCGUGCCCAUCUCUGCUAGCUCGUAGAUUGCAAGAAUUAAAGUAGUAAACUUUUGUUUGUUUGCGAUAGGACUUUGUUUUUUAAUUGGGAGUGGUUAAUUUUCUGCAGUUUUCUCAUGCAGGCGAAUUCAGGAAUUCCUGUAUGUGUAUAUAUGCCCGUUGCCAUCUAGAGCGUAUCUUAAUUUCCCUUCCUGACUCUUUUUCAUUCUAUUAAUUAAGAAUAAUGUAGCUCUCUAGGUACGAUAUGUAUUUUCCUUUUCUAUUCACCAAGGAAACUUGUUCGAAUUUUA